AUGUGUACAGAUCCACUCAUUUUCGGUGACACGGUGCAUCUUGAUCUAAUUCAGGAUCACGCGGACGCCAACCAAUGGUUCUCGCAGCGGAAAGAUGCCCUGGAGUCGCCUGAGGAUCUGGAAGCUCCUCCGAUUGAAGACAAGAUUCUAUUGCCUUACUACCUGUACGGCUUCAUUCUUCGGUCUCGCAAAUGGGCCAAGUUCAGCAUCGACCUGAUCAACAAUAUUGAGGACAAGAACUCAUUCGAUGACCUCGUUUUGCAAGAUGGGCAUGCUGACGCUAUCAAAGCACUCGUGGAAAACCACAACCGUGGACCAGGCAGAGACAAAGAAAAUGGGCACGUAGAGGUCUCGAUGGACCUUGUCAAAGGCAAAGGGAAAGGAGUGAUAAUCCUCUUACAUGGAGAACCCGGCGUCGGGAAGACUUCGACCGCGGAGUGCAUUGCGGACUACACGUCGCGCCCGCUGUAUCCGAUAACAUGUGGCGACAUCGGCGAGACUGCCGAUACAGUGGAAGAGAAUCUCGAGAAAACGUUCCAGCUAGCGCACAAGUGGGGCUGCGUGCUACUUCUUGACGAGGCCGAUGUAUUCCUGCAAGAGCGUAACCGGGAAGAUCUACGGCGCAACGCGGUCGUCUCUGUCUUCCUACGGGUGCUCGAAUACUACUCCGGGAUCCUUUUCUUGACAACCAACCGGGUCGGCAUCAUCGACCAAGCGUUUCGCAGCCGCAUUCACCUCAGCCUCUUCUACCCAGCGCUCGACAAGAACGCGACGCUGACUAUCUGGAGGAUGCAUCUUGAUACGGCCAAGCGGCGCUUCAAAGAGCGCGGUCAAGUGCUAGAGGUCGACAAGAAGCAGGUUCUGAAGUUUGCCAAGGAGCAAUUCAAGAAGAUGAAGGCGAAUAACAUGAACAAUUGGAACGGAAGACAAAUCCGCAACGCCUUCCAAACCGCCAUUGCGCUCGCCGAGUACCGCGCACAAGGCAAAGGGGACAUCCACCACCAGAAAAAGAAAGGCAAGAAAGUGACUAAGCUCACCGUCGACCAGUUCAAAAUUGUCCAGCAAACAUCCGACUCUUUCGACGAAUACCUCCUGGCCACACAAAAAGCAACGCAGUCCUCGCAGGCGCGCGCCAACAAAACGCGGAGCGAUGACUUCAAGGCGAAGGAACAGUACGCAGAGUCCAGUAAAGCCAAGUCUGCGGCUGCGAAGCCGAAAGGUAGGGUUGAGAAGAAGAAGGUGAAGGUGGAGCCCGAUUCGGACAGCACCAUUACCUCUGACAGCUCAGAGGAAGAGGAUGAGGAGGAUGAGAGUUCUAAAGAUGACGGCAGUCAGAGUGAUAGCGAUGCUGUGUCUGAACAACAAGAGAGCGAUGACAGCGACGAAGUUGCGGAAGAGAUUGUGAGCAAGAAGGCAAAAGGCAAAAAGGGUCUCUCGGUAAAGAAAGGUGAAGAUGUUGCUGCCAAGUCGGAGAAGAUAAAGACCAAGAAGAAGGAAUCAAAGAAGAGAGUUGAAGACAGCGAUGAAGAACACGAGACAGAGGCGAAGGUGGAAAAGAAGCGCGGCAAAAAGUGA